CGGGUUGCGAGGCGGGCAACGGGCAGCGAUGGGGGUUCGCGGGCUGAAGGCAGUGGUGGAGCUGGCGCCGGGGGCGGCCCGCGAGAGCAGCACGGAGAAAGGGCACGCAGAUGGGCAGCCCGUGGUGAUCCUUCUGGGCUGGGCAGGCUGCCAGGACAGGCAUCUGGCCAAGUACAGCGCAUUGUACAGUCAGAAGGGGUGCACUGUCAUCCGCUACACAGCUCCGUGGAGGACGAUAUUCUUCACUGAGAGCUUUGGCUUCAAAUCCCUCCACACGCCAGCCAAGAGACUCCUGGAGCUGCUCUUUGACUACAGCAUUGAGAACAGGCCGGUGCUUUUCCACGUCUUUAGCAACGGUGGUGCCAUGCUCUACCGUUACAUCAUUGAGGCGCUUCACACUCAGCAGCCCUUUAAGAACCUCAAAGUGGCAGGCGCUGUUUUUGAUAGUGCCCCUGGCAGAAGGAAUUUGAGAGGAGCCCUUCGUGCCUUGGCCACUGUCCUGACAUCCACAAACGUGCUGCUCAGGUAUCUCCUUAUGCUCACUUUCGCUACUGCAGUUGUCCUGCUGCAGAUCCUGCUGUACCCACUGACUCGCUUCAUCCACGAGAGCCACUACGAUGCCCUGCUGAAGGCACCCUCCCGGUGGCCGGAGCUUUACCUCUACUCCCAGGCGGAUGCCAUCAUCAGUGCCAGUGAUGUUCAGCACAUGGCUGACGCGCGGCAGCGGCUCGGUGUCCCUGUGAAGGCUGUGGACUUUGCAGAUUCGGCUCACGUCAGCCAUCUGCGGGUGUAUCCCACCUACUACUGCACCCUCUGUACGACUUUCCUGUCUGACUGUGUCAGGGCUUUGCCUCCUUAGUGCUGUAACGGCCUCCCUUGUUUGCCUCUGCUUGCUCAGAUUGUGUGGGGAAUGCCAUCCCCUUUGCCUUUAUGUCGUUGAAGGGAGGAAAGCAAAGACUUUGUGCUUUUCUUCCCCAUCAGUUACAAGUCUGAGAGCCAACCACAACAUAGCAAAAAGUAGAUCUAGAGUAAUUUAAACAACUGAAGGUGCUGCAAUCUGAGCCCUGAGGUGGUGGUUUUUUUCACACGGAGUGUUGCUUGUUUCCUCCUGUCUUGUGAUGUUCUCCAUAUCUGUGUGUCGUGUCCAGUGUGAUGUUCUGUGGCCUGGUACUGAUUCUACAAUACAGCAGACACUCUGCAGUCUCUUUGUUUUCUUCCCCUUUCUGCUGUUUCUUUCAUUUUGCAUUGAGCAAACAGAAGUAGCUCUCCAAGAUUUCCCUCAUCUCUUGGCAUUGUCUGGUUCCAUGAAAGCUCUGAGAGCAGCCAAAGCACUGAUUCCAUCGCCCUGGAGCAGACCUCAAAUGUUUGUGGUAACUUUUGUGUUCUUGAACCAAAAAAAAAAAAAUUGUUAACCUUUUGGAUGUGCCUUGUUUCUUCUCUGUCUUGUUGUGUGUUGUUCUCAGUACUUUUGCUUUCCUCGGGAGUGUUUAUUACUGCUUGUCUUUGAGCAGCCUGGAUUGUGCAUCCAACUUUGGUGAUUCUACAGUCUGAAAAUGCAGGGAAACAGCACAGCUGAAAUCCAAAAGAUCCCAGAAACUGAAAGGUGGAGCCACAGAGGAAAAUGAAACUGUCUUUUGGAGCUGUGGUUGGUACUGGGUGUUCCUUAACUCACUUCCUGUGGGAGCCAGCCCACAGCUGACCGUGAAAUCCAGUGUUUUUCCCGUAAUGUUCUCUUUGGAUGAUCAGUCUUUGCUGCCCGUGUACUGGUGGUACAAAGCACAAAUGCAGCUCCUUGCACUGCCCUUCA